AUGGUGAAUCCUUCACUGUGUUCGCCUACGAUUACUCCCCCUCCGACACUGACACCGACACUGACACCGACACCGCUUCCUACAUCUGCUCGAAUAUCCUACGGCGCGCCUCCACUAUUGGCCAUAGCAUCUCUGACAUUGUCUGGCUGUAACGCCGACCUUGCCCACUCUUCUGAGCGAUAUGUCAUCUGGCAUACUUUACGAAGAGGUAGUCCGAGAUCAUUUGCAGUCGUCUCGGCUGGCAAUACAAAAUCCCUUACCGUAGUGGAGAGCGCGGAGGCAGAGAAAAACCUACUAGCUCGUUUAAAAUGCGGAACUGCCCCGAAAGGAAGAUACGCUCUCAACUACAAAGUCAUUCUUUACCACACUAAAGGAGUCGUGCUUUCGGAGAUCGAGUCCCUCUACUACGGCCUCGGUGUCAAACCCUCCUGUACCUGCGCCGAUGGCGUAACACCUCGCUACGUCCUUCCUCUCAUUCGCGAUGCCUCCACAAGUUCUGUCGCAUCUGGUCCAGUGCUCAUCGUCCGGUGCUUUGAUAGGACGUAUGUUGUCGAGGGUCGCUCCUUCAGGAAUUAG